UUUCCUGUAAUGAAAAUACCGGAAAAGAAAUAAUAACAUGAGUUAAGAUGCCAGUCCUCUGUAGCAGUUGUGCUGAGAAGCGUGCAGUGCUGAAACGUCCAAAGACGGCCCAUUCCCUGUGCAAGGAAUGCUUCUUCUGGGCCUUUGAGGAGGAGGUGCAUCAGACAAUAGUCUCAGCGCAGCUCUUCAAACAUGGAGAAACUGUGGGCAUUGGUGCCUCGGGUGGGAAGGACUCCACUGUGCUGGCACAUGUCAUGAAAGUCCUAAAUGAGCGCUAUAACUACGGCCUGAAACUACUGCUACUGUCAGUGGAUGAGGGCAUCACAGGUUACCGUGACGACUCCUUGGAGACAGUGAAGAGGAACCAGCAGCAGUAUGAGCUGCCUCUGAAGAUUGUAUCAUAUGAGGAGCUCUAUGGUUGGACCAUGGAUGCCAUAGUGAAGCAGGUUGGACUGAAGAACAAUUGCACUUUCUGUGGAGUGUUCAGAAGGCAGGCGCUGGACAGGGGAGCCAUGAUGCUGAAGGUUGAUAAGAUAUGUACAGGUCACAACGCUGACGAUGUGGCAGAGACAGUUCUGAUGAACGUCCUCCGAGGAGACAUCGCCCGUCUGCGUCGCUGCACUGCUAUAAGCACAGCGAGCGAGGGCGAAGGGGUGGUGCCACGCUGCAAGCUCAAAUAUGCUUACGAGAAGGAGAUUGUCCUCUAUGCCUACUUCAAGAAGCUGGACUACUUCUCCACAGAGUGCAUCUACUCCCCCAAUGCUUACAGAGGACACGCCCGCACCUUCCUGAAAGACCUGGAGGCUGUGCGGCCCAGCGCCAUCAUGGACGUCAUCCACUCUGGCGAGAACCUGUCAGUGAGGGAGGGCGUGAAGAUGCCCGUUCAGGGGACCUGCGGCCGCUGUGGCUACAUCUCCAGCCAGGCGCUGUGUAAGUCCUGUGUGCUGCUGGAGGGCCUGAAUCGCGGCCUGCCCAGACUAGGAAUCGGAAAGCACCACCGUCUCCAUGAGAAGAUCCUCUCACAGCAGCCUCUGACCCAGGAAGAGGAGAGGAAGCUCAAGGCUGUGGACUUCUGAGAGGUGAAUAGGCAGAACGUCUCAGUAUCACCACCAUUGUUUCUGUUAAGUGACACUUUGAAAUGAGUGACCCAAGAUGACACAACCAGAUGUUGAGUUGUUUUAAAGGUUCAGCUUGGAAUUGAAGUAGGGAUGUUACGUUGCCUCUAAUGAAAGAGUGGCCAGCGUUUUCCCUUGUCAGCCACUCAAAUCAAAGUUAUUGGUCGUGUACACAGAUAUCCACACCUUGCUAUUGGAUUUCAACAUUGCAGAACCCAUUUUCUUUUUGGUAACUUAAGUUUGCAAUUGUAAUUUAGAAAAUAAAGACACAUGGCAUGGACAAAAUUAUUUGCACCCUGGAGCUAGUACUUGGUUUCACUGCCCUAGGCCCAGAUAGCUACAAUAAGCAUUUUGGUCAGUUAUCAAUGAGCUUGCUGCACCUUCCUACUGGCAAAUUUGGCCCACUCUUCAGCAGCAAACUCCUCUAAUUCUUCAAUGUUUGAGGGGUUCCCUCCACCAACUGUUGUUUUCAGCUCUCGCCAUAGGUUAUGGAUGUGAUUCAGAUCUUUUCUUUUCACAGGCCACUCCAGGCCCGGUUUCCCGACAGCGAUGGAACUUAGGCUUACGAGUGUAUUAACGAUGCAUCUUUCCGACAACGGCUGAAGAUGUAACAUGAGUUUCCCAAAACACCACGCAGAGAGAACGCUCACUAAGUGCGUCGUUGAGGCAUGUGACGAUACAUAUAAUUGAAAGAGGCCUAUAGCCUACUGAAUUUCCAUUUGAAUGCAGUCAUCUCGGUUGGAAUGUGAAGCAUCUUUGUAUACGUUGAUUGUUUGUAUCAAUUGCAACGACAUUGGCAACUUUGUAUUUGUAGUCAACGUUGUUCUGAAGUUAUCGGUGGUUACAGAGAGAUGGAUAAACCAUGUGAUUCAAGUUUCAGCAGAGAUCCUCUGUAUAAUGGGAGGGCAAAAAAAGCGUCUAACGACAAACUUAGCGGUCCUGCGAGUGGUCUGAGGCAGGCAUUAGAUUACAAGUGUUUUAAAUGCAACGUUAAUAACGAUGGUUUUGGGAAACGGCUCAGAGAUUUUAACGAUGCUCCUAUGAAGGUUCUAGCUAUGAACUUAGCCUUAAGAUGCUUUUGGGAACCGGGCCCUGAGCAGUCCAGCAACUCUCCUUGAACCAUUCCUGGGUACUUUUGAUGUGUGUUUGGGGUCGUUGUCCUUCUAUAAGACCCACAACCUUUAACAGAAAGAUUUUUUGUGGACACUGGAUGAUUAUUGGACUCUAAAACACCUUGGUAAUCUGCUGAUUACAUGAUGUCUUGCACACAUUCAAGGCCCCCAGUUUCCUAGGCAGCAAAGCAAACCCACAGUAUUUUUCGAACCCCCCCAAUUUUUGAUUGAAGGGAGGGUGUUGUUUUCUUUGAAUGCUUUUGUCAUUGGUAAACAUUGUAAGACACGACUGCUGGGAGACGAGAAAGCCUGGUGGAACUUCUCCAAACAAGGCAAAAUCCUGGGGGAAAUGUUGUUUUUACUGACAACCAAAUCAAGCAUUCAAUGAAAAGAACUCUCUACAAUCAAAGAUGAGUGACGUCUGAUGAUUCUGUGGGGUUGCUUUGCUGCCUCAGGUACUGGGGGGCCUUGAAGUCUUUUGGAGUCCAAUGUACAACCCAGCAUCCAAAAGCUGUCUCUGCAUUGAAGGUUGUGGGUCUUCCAGCAGGGCAAUGACCCCAAACACACAACAAAAAGCACCCAGAAAUGGUUGAAGAAAAGAUGCUGGACUGUUCUGGAGUGGCCAGCGAAAGUCCAGAUCUGAAAUAGGGAAUCAUUUAAGAAAAGUCCAAGGAUGCCAAUGUACAUUUGGCUGCAACUGUACAUGAUCUGUAUAGACAGUAUAUGAAUAGAAAGGUGUGUACAGCAGUAGUUGUAUAUGAUGAGCCAUGACUAGAAUGCAUUGUGUAAACAUUAUUAAAGUGACCAGUGUUCAGUGACUAUGUGCAUAGGGCUGCAGUCUUUAACGUGCAGGGUAGAGUACCGGGUGGUAGCCGGCUAGUGACAGUGUCUAACGUUCAGGGCAGGGUAACGGGCUGAUGGCCUGGAGAUAGAAGCUGUUUUUCAGUCUCUCGGUCCCAGCUUUGAUGCACCUGUACUGUCUCCACGUUCUAGAGCACGUGUCGAGCUCAUUCUACGGUGGGCCGAGUGUCUGCGGGUUUUUGCUCCUCCCUUGUGCUUUAUUGAUGAAUUAAGGUCACUAAUUAGUAAGGAACUCCCUUCGCCUGGUUGUCUAGGUCUUAAUUGAAACUUAACCUGCAGACGCUCUGUCCUCUGUGGAAUGAGUUUGAGACUGCUGUUCUAGGGGGUAGCGGUUGAGCAGGGUCUAAAUGGUGAAGUGAGAAUGAUAAAUGAUGUCUUUCUUGCCAUUUCUGGAAUCCAAAUGCAAUUUACAUUCAGCUAUGUGGUCAGUGAGUCAGUGCAUUAUGAAACUUCUGUCAGCUGAUGAUUGAAAUACAAGUGCAUUUUGUAUGGUAACUGUAUAUUAAAGCUAUUCAACUUGUG